UGUUUAUGUCCCAGCAGCAUUGUGAUAACGUUUAGAAGGAGAUUUCGCUCAGAAAGACAGGAAACACAAGUAGUAUUUUGUAAGAGUUUGUUCUUCAGUCUGGGAGGAUGGAUGAAAAUGCUUAAAAAACAGUUGAUCCCAUAGUUCCAUGACCCACUGAAGUCUGGUCUGUGCAUGUCUGAUGAAGACUGAGCCUCUGUUGGAUGUAAAGUGAAAUCAUCAAGGACCAUGGAACACAGCGUUUGCUUAAGUGUUGAUAAUUGUCAAAUGGAUUCAGACUAUGAUGACAUAGCAGAGGAUUUUCCAGAACAGAACUUUGGGCACUGCCAGGUUGCAGAAACACCCCCCCAGAGCUGCCCUGAAGCCCUGCAAAUGGAAGUAUUCACGGCAUCCAGAAGUACAACACCAGACAGUGAGUCGAACACGAGUGAGGAAACGUUUGUGCCAGUUAGCUCCCUGCAGAGACAACAAUGGUCUGCUGCCACUUUGAGGAUUCUCUCAUCAAUGCCCAGCCGCAUUUCAGGACAGACUAGCAGAGGACAACAGCAGACCUCCUCCUGUGAUCUUGCUCACCCCUCCAGACCUGCCCAGGUAGAGGCUGACAACAUCAGUACAGAGGGAAACCUGAGGCAGCAGCAGGUGUCCGACCUCCAAGGCCUUUCAGUGGGAGACGGUUUGAGAAAGCUGCAGGCGAUGCCCAUUAGUCUGGCAGAUAAGAAGGAGCUCAGGCGACUUGCUUUCAGUGACGUGGCUGAGAAUUCACUCCUUAACAGAAACAUCCCCUGCUACCGUCACCUCAGUGCGUACAUUUCAAGGACUUGGCGCCACUGCCUGUUCAGCUGCCUCCCUGCCCUCACGUACUUCCGGUUGUGGCAUUUGUCCAUGAAGACCAUGAGCGCUCGUUUCGGAACCGGUGUACUCUCCUACUUCCUGUUCCUCAGAACACUCCUGCUCUUUAACCUCCUCCUGUUUGUCAUAAACGGCCUCUUCGUGGUCUUCCCUCAAGCCGUGCAUCCUCCACCACAUGACCCUCAGGUCUCCACUUUCACGGGCCUUGAGCUUCUCACAGGCAUGGGUUACUUCUCCCAGACUUUGAUGUUUUACGGCUACUACACCAACAAUGCCUUCAAAACCUGCAGAGCUGCUGGUCCAAACCCCUCCUACAGCGGUGCAUCAACAGAGCUGCCAGUUUGUAACGCAGUCACCUCCCAGACGGUGCCAUACAACAUAUCAGCUGCAUAUUUCUUUACUAUCGCCAUUGCAUUCUUCACAAUCUGCAUCAUCCUGGUGUACAGUAUGUCCAACUCUUUUGGGAAAAAUCUUCAUGUGAUGAACUCAAAUGUGAAUCUGGCAGUGAAGGUUUUCUGCUCGUGGGACUUUAAAGUCACCAAGACGAUGUCGGUGAGACUCCAGUCUGAGAACAUCCGAACUCAGCUCAAAGAGCUGCUGUCUGAGAUAAUCAGAGGGGAAAACAAAAGGAGCUGCCUGUAUCGACUGUGCCGCCUCGUCGUGCAUCUGACGGGGUGGGCUGUUUGUCUGGCCAGUGUAUUUGUGAGCACCCUCACCGUCCACUACCAGUCCGAGAGUGCCAUCAACACCAAGUCCUUCAAAGAAUCAGAACUGCUCCAUUUAUCAGCAGUCGUAUCUGCCAUAAACCUGUUACUGCCUGGACUUUUUAACUUACUGACUUGGAUGGAGAAUCACGAGUCUCCCAGUGUUCGCGUUUGUGUCUCCAUCUUCAGGAACCUGCUGUUGAAAGUCAGUAUUAUUGGAGUGUUGUGUUACCGCUGGUUGGGGAGAAUUGCCGUUGAACCAGAAAGUCAUGGUCUACAGUGUUGGGAGAACUUUGUAGGGCAAGAACUGUACCGCUUACUCCUCAUGGAUUUUAUCUUCACGGUGCUUUACAGCUUUCUGGGAGAGUUUCUUUGGAGACUUUUUUCCAGGAAAGUGCUGAGAAGGAACAGGAAGCCAAUGUUUGACAUUGCCCGUAAUGUACUGGAACUCAUAUAUGGACAAACCCUCACUUGGCUUGGGGUGUUGUUUGCUCCGCUACUUCCUGCAGUCCAGAUCAUCAAACUCUUUGUGCUGUUUUAUAUGAAGAAGGCCAGUCUGAUGCUCAACUGUCAGGCAUCCAGAAAACCCUGGAGGGCCAGUCAGAUGACAACACUGUUCAUCUCUCUCUUGUGCUUCCCGUCAUUUAUUGGCGCUUCUGUGUCUGUCACCUACACAAUCUGGACGAUUAAACCAUCAUCAGGGUGCGGCCCGUUCAGGAACCUCACCACGAUGUUUCAGUCAGGGAAGCUGUGGGCCCAGGACGUGGAGGACACCUACCCGGCGUUGGGCUGGCUCAGCUGGGCCUACACUCACCUGGUGGAAAAACCACUAUUUUUAUUUCUGGCCUCUGGAGUCUUUUUAAUAGUGAUUUACAUUCAUGCUCAAGUUGUUGACGGCCAGAGGAAAAUCAUCAAACUGUUGGAAAAACAAAUCGAAAAUGAGGGUAAAGAUAAGAGAUUCCUCAUCGGCAAACUACAUGACAUUCAUUCAUCGGCAGAGUAAUCUGGUGUCAGUUUGUGACUGAGCUGAUCUCCUCCAUAUCAACCUGUUGGAUUUUUAUCUCUAUUAAAAAAACAUGUCAUCAGGAACUUUAUCAAUAGUACAACAGUAUAACUAGUAUGAGUGAAUUAAGUGUCCAUAUAUUCUAUUGUAUCUAAGGGUGAACCAAACUGGAAACUCUUUGUAUUUAUAUUUAUUUAUAGAAAUAUUCUUGUAUGUACUGUGUUAAGAAAAACUGUUGAAACUGUGAAUGAUGAUCUUAAAGUUGUGGUGUGAAAAAACAAAAUAAAU